AUGGACUCCCCUCUGUCUUCCCUCUCUCUGUCCCAAUCUCUUUCUAAUAGGCAACGCAUUAUCCGUCCUGCAGCUCGAAGCUUGCGUCUUGAACCAGAAAAUAUUAAUCCCACUGCCGAUUUGGAUUCAUUCUUCCAAAAGUCUAAGCCGCAUGCCUCGUUGAUGGACCCUUUUUGUAAAAAUCGCUCCUCUGCCUCCCCUGCGUCUUCCCUUGCCGCAGACUUUUCUAUGAAUAUGCACAUUGACAGGAGCCCUGCCCUUCCAACUCCUCGACGUACACUAUUUCGCUCUUUUUCUUGUACUGUUGACACUCCUCCGGCGGAUGCUUCUGCUACCUCUCCUUUAGAUGAGAGUCCCUCUGACGCUGCUUUGUCACCUUCUUACCUUCUUCAACAUCCUCCUAAAAAGUUUACGGACAUAGUCUCCCCCAACCUAGAUUCUCCUAGACCUGUUUCCAUUGCUUCCAAGUUUAAACCAAAAUCUUCUAUGUCCUUUUCUUCUAAAUUAAAUGAUUCUUCUCGCAGUUCAAGCAGAAAUAAUUCCGUUGACUUGUACCUUCGUCCAACCGCCACUCGUUCUCGUUCUUCAACUAAUGCACCUCCGUUCCUUCAAUCACGCUCCAGUUCGUCGUACUCCGUUAACAAACGUAAGCCUACCACUGCCCAAGUAAAUAAACAAUUAUCUUAUGCUGUAUCGCGUACUUGCAGUCAAUCUAGCAACUCUACUGGUAUUUUUUCAAGUUGCUUGAGCGACGAUAUGGAUGAGGUUGACACUGUGUCGGACCAUGAGCAAAGUUACAUGGAUGAUAAGUUGGACGAUGUUAUGGUAAAUCAAAUUGACACAGAGGAUGAAAAGGGUAUCUUUGACGUUGCUAUACAAGAGACGAAUCAUGAUGAUGACCAUUCGUUGGAUGAUUUGUUCCAAGCGUCUCCUGUCAAAGGAUCCCCCAGCAACAUUUCGUUGCCUUUUAACAAAUUUCAGGACAUUCCUCCUACUCCUUUAGCCAUGGCUGCUAAUGAAGAAAACGACUUUGAUGAACAAGAUACACCGGUGCUUCGUCGCACCCGAAGUUUAUGGGGAUAUCAAGACACCAUUUGUGCUACGCCUAAGCAACCGCUUAAGGACUCUGAUGAAUAUAUGUCUUCUCAUAUGGAAACCCUUUCUUUGCCUUGUUUUGGCGUCAAGGAGGAUUCUUUAAAGCGAAUCAGUCAGGAUACUUUAUUAAAACUUUUGGAUGGGUAUUAUAAAGAUAUUUAUGACGAAUGUAUAAUUGUGGAUUGUCGAUUUGAGUAUGAGUAUUUGGGAGGCCAUAUUACCAAUGCUAUAAAUCUAAACUCAAAACAAGCAGUUGUUGAUACAUUUUUCAAUAAGCCUCGUGUGCAUCGGAUAGCUCUUAUCUUUCAUUGUGAGCAUAGUGCACACAGAGCUCCCCAUCUAGCAUUACACUUUCGAAAUAUGGAUCGACAAAUGAAUAGUCAUCGUUAUCCCUUUCUUUACUAUCCAGAAGUUUACAUUUUACACGGGGGAUAUAAAGCGUUCUAUGAAAACCAUAGAAGUCGAUGCGAUCCUGUUAAUUAUGUUCCAAUGAAUGAUGCAUCUCAUGUUAUGACUUGUAGCAAAGCUAUGAAUAACUUUAAGCGCAAUACUACUUUUGCUCGUACUAAAAGUUACACUUUUGGCCAAAGCCUAUUGGCUUCUCCUGAUAUUAAUGACUCUCCCACUGCAACGCAUUCUUUGUCAAAUUUGAGGAGGUUUUGA